AUGGGUCGAAUAUUUACUAGAAGAAAAUGUCCCGUAUUAAUUUUAGUAUUAAUUAUUGCAACCAUUCCAUGCAUUUAUUGUGAUAUAAGGUUAUCUACACAUGAUUUAAGCCUUAAGCUAAAUCAAAAAGCCCAAGUACUUUUAGAAGUAAGUAAUAUAACCAGCAAUGCAGAGCUGGAAUUUAUAGUCCAACAUAAGGACAUAGUUAAAAUAAGCCCGUUCCUUGUUAAUUUAACAAAUGUCAAAGACAGUUUAACAAUAAACGUUUUGGCAAUUGGUGCUGGGCACUCAGAAGUUUAUGCUAAUGCUACAGGAUCAAUAAGUGUGGAUAAAGUAUAUUUAAGAGUGACAAUAAGAAAAAUAGACUGGUUGGACAAUAUUUCAUUGGCUAUUGGUUGGAUAUAUUUUGUAGCCUGGUCCAUAUCAUUUUACCCGCAGAUUUACGACAAUUGGAAACGAAAAAGUGUCGUUGGUCUAAACUUUGAUUUUCUUGCAUUGAAUCUCAUAGGAUUUACAUUGUAUGGAAUUUUCAAUUUGGGACUUUAUUUUAUUCCUGAGAUACAGAAAGAAUAUUUUGCGCGCUAUCCCCGAGGUUUAAACCCUGUACAAGUAAACGACAUAGUCUUCGCUGUGCACGCGGCGUUAGCCACCAUUUUAACUAUAACCCAGUGUUAUUUAUAUGAAAGAGCCGAACAGAGGGUGUCAAUAACAGCAAGAUGCAUACUUGGAGCAUUUGGAGCUUUUUUGCUUAUUUGCAUUGUUCUGGCCGCAACAGAUGUCAUUCAUUGGCUAGACUUUUUAUAUUACUGUUCCUAUGUUAAGUUGACUAUAACGUUAAUUAAAUAUAUUCCACAGGCUUACAUGAACUAUAGAAGAAAAAGUACAGUGGGAUGGAGUAUUGGAAACAUUUUCCUAGAUUUUACAGGGGGAUCACUUAGUAUGCUGCAGAUGAUUUUAAAUGGUUACAACUAUGAUGACUGGAUGUCUAUAUUUGGAGAUAUAACCAAAUUUGGCCUCGGACUAUUUUCAGUGGCUUUUGAUAUAUUCUUUAUGUUACAGCAUUAUGUAUUUUAUAGAAAUUUUAUUUAUGAAUUAAGUUAA